AUGGAAAAUUUUAAUGAAGAUGAAUUUUCUAAUGAUAUGGAGUUAACGGAAAGCUAUCGAAAUCAGUUGGUUGCUAUGGAAACGAAAGUUAAUUUAAUGUUAUCAACCACUGAAAGAAAGGACGAAAUUUCUAGUGUAGUAAAUGAAACUAAGCGAAAUUUCCGUCUUCCUAAGUUAGAAUUGAAACGUUUUGAUGGUAAUUUUAAAAACUGGCUAGGAUUCUGGGGACAAUUUAAAAAGAUUCAUGAUGAUGAUAGCAUUGAUGCAGAUGAUAAAUUUCAGUAUUUUUUACAAGCAACUGAAGAUGGUUUAUCGGCUAGAGAUUUAGUUGCAAGUUUUCCACCAUUUGGCGAAAAGAUAGAACAGCUGAAAUCUCGUUUUGCUAAAGAUGAACUAUUAAUUCAAAUUUAUGUUCGUGAACUUUUAAAUCUAGUUUUAACGCAAGCUAAAAGUGGCGAAAAUUUUACUUUGCGGAUUCUUUACGAUAAAUUGGAGACUCAGCUGCGAGCAUUAGAGACUUCCGGGGUAACGUCUGAAAAAUAUGAAGCAAUGUUAUAUCCUUUAGUAGAAUCAGCUCUGCCAGAAGCUCUUAUCAAGGAGUGGGAACGCACACACAACCGUGUAGAGAAUAAAGACAAGAUGAACAUGUUAGGAAAUUUAUUAGAAUUUCUUCGUUUGGAAGUCGAAAGUGAAGAGCGAUUAAAACUUGCUCGAUCAGGGUUUGCGAAUGAUCAAUUUGAAAAAUUUAAAACGAAAGAAAAAAUUCCUACUGCAGCUUGUAUUGUAUCUAAUGAAAAGCAAAGAGCUGAGAAAAAUGACAAACAUUGUUUAUUUUGUAAUAAGUCGUUUCAUAAUACCUCAGAAUGUUUUAAGGCUGCCGAGAUGUCAUUGGACGCGAAAAGGGAAACAUUGAAGAAAAGGAGAGCUUGUUUCCGUUAUGUGUCCAAAUAUAAAUCAAUCAAAACAAGACAAAAAGUAUCUGAAUCGGAUGCACAGGUUCUUUUGUCACCAAAAAAUUCUCCAACGUUAUUGUUAACUGUAUUGGUGAAAAUCAUCAAUGGUGACAAGUCCGGAAUCGUUCGUGGAUUAUUUGAUACUGGUGCUCAGAGAUCUUUCAUACGAAAAGAUAUUGCGGAGAAACUAGGAUUGAAACUUGUAGAUCAAGAAAUGAUGAGUCAUGGACUUUUUGGGGGCAGUGAAACUAAACAAGAGUCCCAUAAUGUCUACAAUAUUACAUUACAAAGCUUGUGUUCAAAUUUCAAGUACACUAUUUCAGUUUUGGACGAAAAGAAGAUAUGUGGUGCGAUUCCACGUGUAGAGGAUCCUGAUAUUUAUCCAAUUUUGAAAAAGAAAAAUAUACGCUUAAGUGAUACAGGAGAAUAUGUGCCUGAAAUAGGUUUAUUAAUAGGAGCUGAUUAUCUUGGCGCAUUAUUGACUGGGAGAAUUGAGCCCAUUGAUAAUAAUUUGGUAGCUAUUAAAACAAAACUUGGAUGGACGCUUCAAGGUAAACAAAGAAACUACUCAAAAUCUUUGGAGAGUAUUGUAUAUGCUAAUAAUUUGGAUUUGACGGAAUUAUGUAGCCUAGAUGUCAUCGGUAUAAGAUGUCCUGCAGAAGUAAAGUCAAAGCAGGUAACCGAUGAAGAAACGGUAGAUUUUUUCCUUAAAACUAUUAAAAGAAACGAAGACAAAAGAUAUGAAGUAUGUUUGCCAUGGAAAAGUGGACGUCCAGAAUUAGAAACGAAUAAGGAAUUAGCCACUAAACGGUUAAUGUCAACUACCAAAAAUUUCAUACGAUCUGGACAUUUAAGAGAAUACGAUGAUGUGUUUAAUGAGUGGGUUCGGGAUGGAAUUAUUGAAAUUGUAGAUAAAGACAAGAAAAAGGGACACUAUUUACCACAUCAUCCUGUGAUAAAAACUGGUGUAACAACAACAAAAAUUCGUCCGGUUUUUGAUGCGUCGACGAAAGAUUCCAAAGGAAAUUCCUUGAAUAAUUGUUUAGAAAAGGGGCCAAAUUUAUUAGAAUUGGUACCCAAAUUGAUAAUGCAGUUUCGGAAAAACGCAAUUGGCGUAACGUCAGACAUCAAAAAAGCAUUUUUACAAAUCAGUUUGAAUCGAAGGGAUGAAAGUGCCUCUACGAAUAUGCCUUUACGCCCUGCAGCUAAUGAUUCAGAUUCCAGUGAAGAUGAUGAUUCAUCACCCAAAGUCUCAGAUUUUGUUACUAGAGCUGGUCGACGUGUUAAAAUUCCCAAUAGACUUU